AUGGCCGAACUGCUGCAACAGAAGCAAGUGCAACGCACCAUAGAGCGAUCGCUGGAAAAUUUCCGCAAAAUCGGGAAGGUCCGAUUGACAUCGGCGACAGUGCGUUCCAGGAUCACCGCACUCAAGGACUCUUGGCAUCAAUUCCAAACUGGUAGCGCCAUUCUCUUGAAGCUGAUUCCGGAGGAAAACCAGGCCUCAAUCAAUUAUAUUCGAAACGGCGCCUUCGACGCGACAGAAGAGGCCUAUCUUACGACCUUGGACGUGAGCGAGCGUUUGGAAGAGCUUGAUCCACCGGUGAGCCCGCUCCGAAACGGAGAUACCAGUCAAUUUUUAAGGACGUCAGAUUUGCCACUGGCCGACCCGGAACCGGCCAGUACAGCGCCGAUUCAAAUUAUAAUUGGAGCCGAUUUAUAUAACGAGAUCAUAUUGGACGGCCUUCGAAAAGGCGCUGUCGGCCAGCCGAUCGCGCAACGGUCGAUUUUCGGCUGGGUCAUAUCGGGAUCCGUUAGUACGGAAUUCAUAGCAACAUCUCAUUCCGUCCGUGACGCGGUCCAUGCGUUACCGUCAUUGAAAGUCUCCACGCAUCACUGCGCGCUCUCAUCGGACCUCGAGGAGGACUUGAAACGAUUUUGGGAAGUCGAAGAGAUUCCUCAUCAUUCCGCUGUUCCCCCUACUGAUGAGCAGUGCGAGCAGCACUUUCAAAAUACGCAUUCUCACUGCGCGGACGGAAAAUACACCGUCCGUCUCCCUUUCAAAACGGCACUUCCAAUCGCUAUCGGGGACUCUCGAGAGCGCGAGAGAAAGCUUUUCGUCUCGCUCACUAGACGACUACGAUCUCACCCGACGCAGGCCGCCGAAUACAACGCUUUUAUGAAGGAAUACGAGCUCCUCGGUCACAUGCGUCGCGCGCCCGUGGCAGCGGCUUCUAGCGAAUCGCAGUGCGUGUUUAUCCCACAUCAUCCAGUUUUCCGCGAGGAUAGCGUCACCACCCAUCUCCGCGUCGUUUUUAAUGCUUCGUGUUUAACGGCGAAUGGAACGAGCUUAAACGACCACCUGCUCACGGGUCCGAAGUUGCAAACGGACAUCACUGCUGUGAUCUUAAAGUGGCGACGGUAUCAGUACGUCUAUUCCGCAGAUAUCGCGAAAAUGUACCGCCAAAUACGACUGGAUGAACACGAUCUCAAUUAUCAGCGCAUUCUGUGGAACUCCGACUUUUCUGAGUCUCCGAUUGAGUAUCAAUUACUCACGAACGCUGGACCGGCCUGGAGCCCGGAGCCCAUGCCGAACUGCAUGGCUUUUGCGACGCCUCCAACACCGCUUACGCCGCCGCGGUAUACUUAA